CGCUGCCCCAUAAGUAAAGAUGAUGCGGAGAACGCGACUUCAAUUAAACACGCCCGCCGGAGCGCGUCGAUCAAUCUUUCCACCAAUACCCGAUAAAUUGACCGGAGAUGGAGGCUGAAGACAUUGAUGUAGACGACAACACUUUCACAGGGUGUUACAUCUUCAAGCCCGCUGCGGCCGAGCAGGACGAGGAGAUCGACCAUCGGCCAAAGAAAAAGAGAAGGCUAAAUACAUCUGGUGGUUGUGAAACAGGGAUACCAGAGGUCCAUGAAGAUUCUACGUGGCCCAGUCUGCUCGGAGGGCAAGAGUCUACAGAGGCCAGACAAUUAAGACAGCAUCUGUUCCGAACAAUCUGGGGGCGACAGCAGCACAGGAUUGUCGCAAUCGCCGACCAGGUGGACCAUGGCUUCAUCAGCGACAUUUUUGAGUACACGAGUAGCGACUCACCAUCCCGGUUACAUGGCAGAAUCAAGACCGGCUUGAUCACUUCUCCUCCAGGCACGAACACGCAACGACGUCUCCUCCGGAGCUGGAGGGAGAGAGAAUUGCCAGACUCGUCGGCAUUGCUCAUUGAACUUCAGCCUAGUCACGCUCCCAACCUGCAAACAGCGCUGAAAAAUGUCAUCAAGUUUGCUCUAUGUCAGAAAGAGGGUGUGGACGUCUACACGAACUUUCUUGCUGAAACCAAAGCCAUGAUCCCAAUGAACUUUGACCUUGAACUGCUUCAACGGUACAUGGAAAAAAGGGGCAUAUCCAGAAUAAUUGUCUCAAUUCUCGACAUUGAAGCCUUCGACACUGGCAUUUUGUCCGAACUCAUUUCAACCUUUCACUCCUGGUCCGACCGUAUUCCGUUCGUCUUGUUGUUUGGAAUAUCUACCACGGUUGAACUCUUCGAAUCGCGACUCCCUAGGUCUACCAUCAGUCUUCUCGACGCCCGGAUCUUUCAACCAACUAGCUCCGCGAAACAACAUGACCCCCUUUUCGAGGUCUACUCCGCUGCUCAAUGUGAGGAUCCGCACCUAUUUCUCGGCCCUUCUACACUCAAUGUGCUCGCGGAGCUGGCACAAGAUCAAAGCACGACGGUGGACAGUUUUGCGAGAACCAUCAAAUAUGUGUUCAUGUCUCACUUCUUCGCAAACCCCUUGGCUGCUCUGGGCGUAUCGUCCGACGAGUUCAAAGUCCCUAUGCUUCCAUCAUUAGCUCAAGCGAUCCGCAAUACCCCAGGUUUCAAAGUUCAUUGCGAAUCCCUUGCCAAAGGCACCGCCGAAGAGAGACGACGUGCCCGGGACUUAAUCAAGUCAGACGCGGUACUAGAGGAAGAAGUCGUCGAAGUAGUGUGUUCUCAAAAAGAGGACAUGGGAGACAAUCUGAGAGCGAUAAAAUUUUUACAACAGCUAUACCAACAUCUAGCCGGUCCCACGGCUCUACCACCGCUGGAAUCUCAGGUCCAAUUUCUGGCCUCACUCACCAGAUUAACCGAGUCCGAAAUCCACGAAACCAUGGAAUCGUCCCUUGAAGGUAUCUCCAGCAUCGAGCAACUCAAAGCCCUCAUAACCGCCGUGUCAACCACCAUGGAUAAUCACAAUAACUCCAAAACAUUCCCGGGAGACCCUGACGACUCCGACAACGAUAUGCCAAUGCUCGCUGCAUUCCAAAAGUCACUAAACUCCAAGAUGUCAGAGCAAGCCCUUCCGCAACUUCUGGAGUAUUUUAUACCCCUUGUUCGUGAAUACCUGACUGGUAUAACCACAAUUCUUAGUAAGGCAUCGCCACCAUGGACGACGUUCAUGUCCGAAGCCUACACCUACAACCUCAAGCACCCACUCUCAGCCAUUGUCAAUCCACGCGCCCGCUAUUCUCUCGAACGAGCCUUAACAAAACCAGCAGACUAUCUAGGCUGCGAAUGCUGUGUGGCCACGACGCACCACGGUGUCCUCGACAAAUCCUCUCUUCCACCAACGAGUCUGCUUCUCAGCAUGCUCAACGAAGCAGGCACGGUGAUCAACGUGCGUGACCUGUGGGAUGCAUUUCGCGACACUGUUGCCCCAUCACUUGAGGAGGAACAGGCAAAUGGCGCGAAAGACGCUGGCGAGGGCGAAGAGGAGACUAUAGAAGAAGCUACGGAACGGAAAGCGCUGGCACUGUUCUAUCGCUCGCUCGCCGAGUUGCGACAUCUCGGACUUAUCAAGCAGAGUAAGAGGAAGCCCGGGGUCGAUUGUAUCGCGAAGACAGCGUGGAUGGGCUUGUAAAGUAUAGUAUAGUUAUAGUAUAUCAGGGGCUCGCAUAUCAUGAUGU